AUGGCAUCGUUGUUAGCCAAUUUAUUUGUCUGGAGUCAGCGCUGUUUAGCAUCUAGCCUUACGACAGGGAUUCAUUAUUAUCAUGAUAAGAGCUCAGGUCAAUCAGAUGAAUCGUAUCUGGAUUAUAGAAGGCAUUGGGCAGAGAGUCGAGACAUAACCUGGUUUCUUAAAAGUCAGGGGAAAAAAAUCAGAGAUCACUUAAGAGAAUCACUGGAACUCAUGGCAAACCAUCAACCCGUUCACGUUCAUUGGAGAAGCGAUCAUCUAAUUUUAGUAAUCUUGAGCAAUGGGAUUAUGAUAUCGUUCUUAACUGCUCAACAUUGCCCUGAUGUUGAACAGAUUUUAAUCGAUAAAACCUUAGUCAGUAAAUUACAUGGAGACCAAAUAAGCGAUGUUAGCAUUGGAAAUGAUUAUUUGCUAAUUCUACACGUCGAUAAAUCGAAGUUAACACUGGUACUUCACAAGUGUGUAACUGAGAUGAAAAAACUUGAAAAAUUAUCAGCAUUUGAUCCCAAGUGCCAAUUCCUAUCUCAAGAUUAUAAUCCGGGAAAACCAGCCGGAGUAAAACCCAAACUAUCUGUGAAUGUGACUAAAGACCGGUUUAUAGUAUGGUGGCCAUCUCCCGACUAUAAUUCUCGAGCUCAUAACGAUGUUACCACACAUCAAGAGAACAUAAUUGCAGGCUCCAUUAAUAGUGCUGUAAAAUUUGAUCAAUUUAUCACAAUGGAAACACAAGCUGAUGAAAAUAUUAUAGAACGACAUAUAAAUGACCUUAGUAAGGACGAGGAAAAUUUUUCAGUCUCAAAUAAAAUUUCUGUUCCCGGUAAUGCACGUUUAUCAAAUAUUAUAUUAGAUUACUGUGAGUACCAUCCUGGGCAAGCAUAUUUUAACAAUUCUUAUAUAGGUUUUGUUACUUGCUGUCAACCCAAUCAUGCAGAAGACAAAUUUAUUAUUGGUUGUAAUGACGGAACUAUCGUAUGUUAUGAUGAAAAUUGUGAAAGCAAAUCGGCAACAAAAUCUGCUGUGUGGCACUGGGACGAUACAAUUUUUAUAGUGGCCAAUGAUGCCGGCGAUUUUCAGCUAUUCGAUAUAGCCCUAUCCGAAUUUCCAAUUCAUAUGUUAACUGAGGAACCAAUGAAACUGAAUCAUUUAGAUCUUGCUAAGUAUUUGGUGCCUCCAGUCCAUCUUGUAUCCGUUACAUGGUCACCAGAUACAAGUUUACUUGGUCAAGGAAAUGAGCGUUUUAAAUCUUACAUUGAUAUUGCUCUUGUUCUAUCAAAAGGACCAAUUGCCAUUUUACGGCUAGAAAUUGGGGUUUUUAAUAAUGGACGUCUAGGACCUAUCGAAAUUACAAAUGAGUAUCUAAAACAAAAUCAAUAUGAAGAGGCCGUCAGCAUAUUAUCCAAUCUUGACUGGAAUAGAGAAGGUCACAUAUGCUUUUCAUGUUUGAUGGCUAUCUGUAAUGAGAUAUUUAAGAACGAUUUGGACGAAGACAGUGAAUUACUAAUUGACAGCGCAAUCGGUACCUUUUAUAAUCCAAAGCAAACUUUACAUGUAAAAAUUGCUGACGAAUUUAAACAAAUUGUAGAAGGACUACUACAACGCUUAUUCGACAAUUUUAUUAGACGAAAAAGUUUUGAAAAAGCGUUCUACGUAGCCGAUCGGUUAGAAAACAGAGAAUUAUUUAUGGAUCUGUACUACGUAGCUAUGGAUUACAAUGAAUUAACACUGGCUUAUGCAGCGAAAGCUAAAGCAGACGAAAUCAAUUCUAGAAUUUUAAGCGACGAAAACGUGGAUAAUUCUGAUGCAGUCACCGAAGACACAUCGCGAAACUUUGAACUAUUGAAUGCAGAAGCUAAACGAAUAAGGGAUGGAGAAAUUCCCGAUCAAAUGGUACGUGACAGAAACUGCCUUAAUGCAAUUCGACAGUUUAUAUGUACUCAAUAUAGCUUUUACGUUCUUGAAACGUUCUCGAGUCAGAUUUCAAUUAGAAUACCAAUAGACAUUGCUUUAAAAUUAUUCUUAUAUUGUUGCUUUCUUUUACCUGCUACUAGAAACCACAAGCAAGUUCUAUUGUACAUUUUGGGAUAUCGUAAAAUUGCAGAUAUUGUCAUAUCUGUAUCAGCAUUUAUAGUUUCAUGA